UAAAAUUUUAUUGCGAUUUUUACCAAUCGGCUGGUGUGCUAAGGAUUGAGCAAAUAAUUCGUUCUGCCCAAGACCUAAACCAAACAAAUAUCAGAAUGGCUGCAAAUAGCGCUCCAGAUGAACAUUUUGAAGCCGCUGAUUUUGACGAGGAAGCGGAAGAUGAGCAAAUGGUGUCCACCAACUCGGGGCGCAAGCGCCUCUUCAGUAAGGAGCUGCGUUGCAUGAUGUUUGGCUUCGGCGACGAUAAAAAUCCUUAUACGGAAACAGUCGAUCUGCUGGAAGAUCUGGUCAUUGAAUAUAUUGCGGAGACUACACAUCGCGCCAUGGAAAUUGGACGAACGGGACGCGUGCAAGUGGAGGAUAUAAUAUUCCUGGUACGUAAGGAUCAGCGUAAAUAUGCUCGAGUCAAGGACUUGCUAACUAUGAACGAAGAAUUGAAGAAAGCGCGAAAGGCUUUCGAUGAAAUCAAAUAUGUGGGCAACGAAGGAAAGUCUAAAUGACGAAAAAGAAAAAAGCGUGCUGCUCCCCUAGAGAUUAAGCAAUAACCAUUAGAAUAAGUAAAUAUUUAAUUAUAAACAACAUAGUCUUUCAAUCAAA